AUGAUUGCGAUAUUUUGGAGAGCUUUUGUGAGAGUAAAGCAGUUGAAAGUUGAAGAAGAGACUGGUUUCGGCAUGGACAUAGAAUGUCGUGAUAUGCUUGGCUUUACCCAAAGUUAUUUCGACAACUGCGUGUUCCCUCUUGGAAUCUCCCUUACAGUGGAGAAACUAAUGACAAUUCCUUUGGCUGAUGUUCCUGGCAAAAUUCGAGUUAUGACAAAAUCGGUAGAUAAAAAAUAUUUAAAUUCAAUUUUGAAUAAAAUGGAAAGUACUGGCAAUAAUCGAAAUGUGUCAAGUGGUAUCAAUACCGUGGGGAAUGAUUUCUCUUUAUUAUCCUGGUCUAAGUUUCGGCUUCCAGAUAUUGAUUUUGGAUGUGGUAAACCUACCAAUUUUAAAAAAUUGUUCGGCGCUUAUUCACGCUUUCACGUUUGGAAAAGUGUAGAUAAGAAGGGGUUCGUUGUCCGUGUCUCUUUAAAAGAUGACCAACUGAAAUCGUUCUUAGCUGAUGAAGAAGUCCAAUUGUUGUUGUAG